CCCGGCGAGCGCGCCUGUGCGAAAUCCGGGCUCGCCCUGGCUGGGAUUCCUGCGUGCAGCCGACGAUUGAUUGGAGAAGCAGAGGAACGGGGGAAAACCGCGUCCCAGUCGCUGCAACAAGUUACGAACCUCGACGGUGCGGACGCGCGUUUCCUCCGGCGGCGCCCCGGCCGGCUUGUUCUUCCAGCAGGUGCCGGGAUCCGCUUGGAGGGGUCAGGCUGGGCUGGGCGCGACAGCCCGGGGCGCUGCUCCUUUCGGAGACUGCAGGUGGCAGCGGUCUGGUCGUCACUACAGCGCCCGAUCCCGGAGCGGAGCCGCAGCGCGCAGGCAGGUGGGUCCUCGAUUCCUUCCUUCCACGCUCGCGCUCUCCCUCUCCUUCGAGGGCUGUGCUCUUGCACGCCGGGCUUGGGGCGGCAGCGCUUACUCCCUGGGAAGCGUGCCCAGGAUGGAUGGAAGCCUGGGGGUCUUCCUCUCUCCCUCUCCUCCUUUCUGCAGGGAGCUCCUGCCCUCCGCCCGCCGCGCACCUCACCCCGUGGCGUCCGGGACAUAACAGCAGCCACGCUGCCGUCGUGGGCCGAGGGGAGGCUCUGCGCUUGGAGAGCUCGGCCACUUUCCACUCGCUGCUCAUCCAGGAAGGAGGGAUCUUAGUAUUUGCAGACGAUCCGGAAGAAGCCAUCACCUUACGAGCUCGCAGCAUCCUUCUUGAGGAUGGCGGGGCACUGUAUGUGGGCUCCGAAUGCCGCCCAUACCAUUCCAAGGCCACCAUUUCUCUCUACGGGAAAGCCACCGACGAGGCCAGUGUGGAUGGCUAUGGCAGAAAAUUCCUGGGAGUGGGCAGAGGUGGCAUUCUGGAGUUGCACGGCAGGAAGCCUCGAUCCUGGACACUUUUGGCCAAAACCUUGUACCCGGGCGGACUUCGGUAUGGCCGGUACACUUCUGAAAAGCGCUGGAGUAGUCGUGGCCUCAACGUCCGGAUAGUGGAUGCGGGCACAGCCCAGGUAGUGGCCGCUGAACGCUUUGACACCCACCUCCUUGUUGACGAGAGCCGCAGAUUGAGGGAAUUCCUUGCCCACCAGUCUCCAGGCCACGUGGUAGCCGUGGCAGUAGGGGAUUCUGCAGCAAAGAGUUUGACCUUGGAGACCCGGCUGUUCCUCAAGAACCUGCUGCACAGCAAAUACAUCCUGCACCUGCAAUACAGGCAGCCCUGGGUUCUGGUUGGGAUCCUUGGCAGUGAUGCAUCUUCCAUCACAGAGGAUGCAACGCCUUCUCAACAGAAUGGGACAACAAGGUUGGCAACAGCGACAAGAGAAUUUAAGACAUACGAAGGCAUUGUCUUCACAAUCGCUGCUCACAGCGGAUGGAUCAAAGGAGUACCCCAUCAUGGAUUCAAAGUGGAAGUGUCUAAUGGCGCAAUUUUGGAUUUGGUGGACGAAGUGACUAGUUGGCUCCCCGGAGACAAGGUCGUCAUUGCCAGCACGGACUAUUCCAUGCACCAGGCUGAAGAGUUUCAUCUUCUGCCUUGUCCUGAAUGUCAGACGAACCAAGUGAAGAUUGAUGGAAGUCCCCUCUAUCUCCACAUGGGUGAGAUUGUGGAUGGAGUAGACAUGAGGGCUGAGGUUGGCCUCUUAACCCGAAAUAUACUUAUCCAAGGAGAAAUGGAGGACUCUUGUUACGGACCAAACCACUGCCAGUUUUUCAGCUUCGAUACUUUUGGAGGACAAAUUAAAAUCCAAAAAGGUUUUACCUCUGUCCACAUCUCGGGGGUGGAGUUGAAGAACAUGGGCCAGCAGGUCCUAGGCAGCUAUCCAGUACAUUUCCAUCUGACAGGAGAUGUAGAUGAGAGAGGAGGCUACAACCCACCAUCUUACCUUGACAAUCUGGCCAUCCACCACUGUUUCUCGAGAUGUGUCGCCAUCCAUGGAGCCAAUGGCCUUUGGGUGAAAGAUACCAUCGGCUAUGACACUCUGGGACACUGUUUUUUCCUGGAAGACGGGACAGAGCAGCGGAACACAUUUCACCACAACCUGGCUCUCCUUACCAAAGCAGGCACAAUCUUGCCGACUGACCGCAACGAGGCCAUGUGCCUCGCGAUGCGAGAGAAUGUGUAUAGAGGGUAUGUUCCUGUCCCGAGCACCGAUUGCAUGGCUGUCAGCUCCUUCUGGAUUGCUAACCCAAAUAAUAAUCUCAUAGAGAAUGCAGCUGCAGGUGCUCAGGACGUUGGAAUAUGGUAUAUCUUCCAUCGGGUUCCUACCGGACAGUCUGAAGGACAGUAUCCAGCCGGGCAGUCUGAACUGACUCCUCUGGGGGCAUUUCACAACAACCGAGUCCACUCCAACUUCAAGGCUGGCUUGUUUAUUGGGAAAGGAGUCAAGACGACGAAAGCCAGUGCUGAAAAUCCUCGAGAAUAUCUGACAGUGGAUAACGCCAGAUUCCGUCCACAUCAGGACGCCGACCCUGCGAAGCCACGGGUUCCCGCUCUCAUUGAUGGCCUUGUUGCUUUCAAAAAUAACGACCAUGGAGCCUGGGCUAGGGGAGGAGACGUUAUCUUCCGCAACUGUGGCUUUGCAGACAAUGGGAUCGGACUCACUUUAGCCAGCGAUGGAACUUUCCCCAUCGAUGAAGGCUGCAGCCUAGAAGUGACUCAUUCCAUCUUUGUUGGCGAGAGCAACAAUGUUGGCUCUCAGGGAGGACAAAACAGCUACUGGGGGAAAGGAGCUGGCGGAGAAUAUAGGACACUGCCCCGAAACAAGACGUUUCCGAUCCGUGGCUUCCAGAUAUACGACGGCCCUGUCCGGCUGACAAAAUGCACUUUUAGAAAGUUUACCCCCACUGCAGACAGGCACUCGAGUGCCAUUGGCUUUUUCAUGAAAAACGCCUGGCAGAUAAGCCCUCAGAACAACGCCUCGCUGGUCAGGAUGGAGAGAAGCGUUGGGCUCAGAGUGUUCUUGGGCAGUCCAGGCCAGUGGUUUGGAGUCAAUAAUAAUGAUGGCGACAAGGUCUCGAUUUUCCAUGAUUUGGAUGGUUCAGUGACAGGCUAUCCAGGCACCUUUGUGGGCAGGUCGGACAACUAUCUGAUUCGUCACCCGGGCUGCCUUAUCGUCCCGAGGUGGAACGGAAUGAUAUGUGCUGGGAAAUAUGCACAGCUCUAUAUUCAAGCCAGGCGUCCUGAGAAUCUGACCUUAUCAAUUGCCAGAGCCGCAUACCAUUUCCAUCCUCUGAGGCUACACGGAGUGAACAGAGGGGUGCCGUACCAACAGUACCAGCCUGUGGUGAUGCUGGAGCAAAGCUAUAUUAUCCAGUGGGAUGGCAGGGCACCAGAAGAUGUCAUCCUUUACCCGGUCAACUUCAAUAGGGGAGACUGGCUCCAUGUUGCUUUGUGUUACCCAAAGGGAACGGUGUUCACUGUUGUGGGGGACAUUUACCAGCGGCAGACGGGGAGAGCGCACAGCGUAAUGCGCUACCAGGCAGCCUCAUCCCACCAUAGUGUGUUGAAUGGGACUGAUGAGCGGCUCUUUUAUUUUGACAACACAACAGGGUAUCUCUUUGUCCAACUUCAAGCACAUGAAAUUCGGAAGGGACACAGCUACUGCUCUCAACAUGGCUGCGAACGCCUUAAGAUAACAGCCUCGAUGCCCGCGGGACGUCCCUGGAGUUGUGCUCCUAAUCCCUUUUUGGAAAAAGACAUCGGAAGGAAAGCUUCACAGCCUGCAAAAAUUCAGCACCAGGCUGUGCCUUGCAGUCAUUGCGGAGCUCCUUGGGUUGCUGUUACUAGUACACCUUCAGUUAGAUACCUUCGGAUCCAAAUCCAGUCUGUCAGAAGGGCAGACCUGGAGAACUACUCAAAGGCGGCUUUUGUUAAGGUCAACGACGACCUUUUCUUGUUCCAUGGCCAGGGGAUACUUUUCCUGGUUCUAGACGCAUGCUCGGGCGCAGUUGUGAGCCGGCAGCAUGUUGAUGCAGCCACCACUUCAAAGGCUGCCAGCACCGUAACCAAUUAUGUUGAAACAACUAUAAACGAGAGAUCUAUUGUUCUUGUGUGUACUAGAGACCCUGCCAAAGUCAUGGGAACCUCUUUAAUGCCUGUGUUCACCACGUUAGGUUCUGCAAAGCCGAUUGCGUUCCACAAAAAAGGUAGUUUUGCAAUGCUUGGAUAUAAAGGAAACCCCACACCCUCCUGGAUUAAAAUCCACAACCACGCUGCUGAUCAGAAAUCCGCUUCUCUCCAAUAUUACGUGCCCCUGAUGUUGAGAGAGUACAGAUGCUCAGUUGAUGCAACAAAACUUCAAGACUUUGUGAAAACCGAGGAGGGCAAAACUCCACAAAGGCUAGAAAACAAACACAACUGAACCGUGCUGUGUUCAUUGGCUUGCCUGUAAGGAGGGGGCAUAAGUCUAGUCUUCUUGUUUUUACAAGAUUGUAAAAAAAAACAAAAAACUUUAUUUUGCAGCUAAUAAAUAUAUUCUGAUAUUACAAAGUGGGAGGGGAAGUGUAGUUUGUGUGUGUGUGUUUGUUUUUCAGAGCCUGUACUCUUUUCGUUUCUAUCCAGAAUAGUGCUGUGGUUUAAGUCUGGCUGGAAGCCAGACCUCUUUCCUGGAAGCUUUGUUCUUUAAUCCUAUAAAUGCGGAGGUGAGGUGCAAUUAAUCAGUGAAGAACAAAAAUGCAUUCUGCAUUUGCACAGAGGCACUCUUUGUUGUCACUUCAGUGUA